AUGAUUGAUGUUACCUGCCCUGUAUGUAAUUCCAAUCCUGAGUCGGAUGACCACUUGUUUAUGCAGACUAUAGCUGACAAACAGGUUGAUAGAGUUUUCAAUUUCGACAAGGUUUUUGGACCUAAAGCACAACAGAGAUCGAUAUACGACCAAGCCAUUUCCCCAAUUGUCAAUGAAGUUCUUGAUGGUUUCAAUUGCACUGUCUUUGCUUAUGGACAAACUGGGACUGGUAAAACUUAUACAAUGGAGGGUGGAAUGAGAAAUAAGAGUGGUGAUUUAACUGCUGAGGCUGGUGUCAUCCCAAGAGCAGUUCGUCAAAUUUUUGAUAUUUUGGAACCACAAAAUGCUGACUAUAGCAUGAAAGUCACAUUCCUUGAGCUUUAUAAUAAAGAAAUAACUGAUCUAUUGUCCCCAGAAGACAAUUCUACCAGGCCUACAGAAGAAAAAAUAAAGAAACCUGUAGCCCUUAUGGAAGAUGGAAAAGGGGCAUCUAAGAGGCGCACUUCAGAGACAUUGCUUAACAAGAGAAGCAGCCGUUCGCAUUCAGUGUUUACCAUUACUGUCUAUGUGAAAGAAACUGUUAUUGGUGAUGAUGAGUUGAUUAAGUGUGGCAAACUUAAUCUUGUUGAUUUGGCUGGACCAGAAAAUAUACUGUGUUCUGGAGCACGUGAGGGCCGUGCUAGAGAAGCGGGAGAGGUAAACAAGAGCUUACUCACUCUGGGACGUGUGAUAAAUGCCCUUGUGGAACAUUCUGCGCAUGUACCUUACAGAGAUAGUAAGCUUACAAGGAUUUUGCGAGACUCCUUAGGAGGGAAAACUAAAACAUGCAUAAUUGCUACUAUUAGUCCAUCUGCUUAUUGCUUGGAAGAAACACUAAGUACCCUAGACUAUGCUAGUAGAGCAAAAAACAUAAAGAAUAAGCCUGAGGCAAACCAAAAAGUUUCAAAGGCCGUUUUGUUGAAGGACUUGUACAUGGAGAUUGAGAGAAUGAAAGAAGAUGUUCGAGCAGCAAGGGAAAAGAAUGGUGUAUAUAUUUCUCAUGAAAGAUUUGCCAAGGAAGAAGCUGAAAAGAAGGAAAGGAAUGAGAAGAUAGAGCAAUUAGAGAAUGACUUUAACCUUAGUCAGAAACAAGUGGACAGAUUUCGUGAGCUAUAUUUAACAGAGCAAGAACAGAAACUGGAUUUGGAAAACGAGCUGAAGGAUUGCAAGGUGAAUUUGGAAAAAACCAGCAACGACUUGCAUGAUCUUCAAGAGAAUUACAGGCUAAUUGUUUCAAAGCUGAAGGAGAAGGAGUGCACCAUUUCCAAGCUAAUGAAAUCAGAAAAUGCCUUGAUUGAGCGUGCAAAGGAAAUGUGUAGUGAUCUUCAGAAUGCAUCAGAUGAUAUUAAUUUACUGUCCUCAAAGUUGGAUCACAAAGAACAGUUGGAAGCAGAAAACCAAAAAUUGAUCUUGAAUUUUGCAUCUCUCUUAAAUGGGAGCUUAAAAGAUUUGCAUACGACCAUUAUAGGAUCUAUUUCCGAACACGAUGUUGCUUCAAUAAUCAUUGAGUACUGCAAUAGUAACAAGCUAUUUGACCCUGAGAAAAAGCGAAAGGUCAUAUGUGAUGAAAAGUUAAGGACUUUACUACAGAGGAAGUCAGUGAACAAAAACAACAUCCAAAACCUUCCGACAUCGCAUUUUGUUGAGAAUCUUGAGGAAACAGAUGAUAUCAUCUGUGCUAUAAUUAGUUCAAACCUAAAGCUUGUCGACUUGAAGAGGAGCUUAAUUGAGGAGCUUUUAAAGAAGCCAGAAGCUUUUGAUGGCAAAGUCUUGGGAAGUUUUGUGAGAACCAAAUCUGACCCCAAUGACUAUUUGCAGAAGAACUCCCAUCUGCUCUUACCAGUAAUAGGAAUAAACAGAUCUUCAAAGAAAGAAGAAAUCAACCAAGAAAUUAUGCUCCGGCUUCUUAAUGUGCCAAAAGAUGUACCUAUCUGCAAAAUUUCAGACGAUGAUUUUUCUGAGAGUAUAGCUGGGUUUCUGAUUGAAGGUGAUUAUCCGAAGAAUGUCAAGAUUGUAUCAGAGAAUGAGAAAUGGUCUGCUCAAACAGCCAACUAUACUAAUAUAUGUCAAUGGCAUAGAGAAGAGGUCAGUGAACUGGUGGGAAGUGAGAAAUUGAGGGGUCACAUGGGAUAUCAUGUAAAUCACAGGGGAGGGGAAAUAUUACCAGCAGCUUCUCGAGAAACAGAACUGGAGCUUGAGCAGAAAGCCAAAACUUUGCAUGAAGAUAUAAUAAAGCAUUGGAUCUCAAGGGAAUUAGCAUUGUUACGAAAUCACAUUGAUCUGGCCAAUGAAAAAGGAUGGAGAAGAGAAUAUCCUUUCAUGAUGUUUUUGUUGAUGCUACCUCAGUACAUGGACCGCAAACUGAAGCUUGAGUCUCCAUCAGAACAAUCACGUUUAUUAAGUGAAAUUCCAAAAGUAAUUCCUGAAAUGGUUUAUACCAAUAUGUCACCAAAAGAUUCCUCAAGCAAAGGUAAGCUUGAUCAAAAUGAUUUGCCAGAAUUAGCCACUGGAGAUACUUGUAACUCCAAACAUGGUGGUUUUGAUCAAUGUAUGGAUAAGAGAACAGAUGUUAUAGUGCAUCUGUUAUUAUCUUCACAUUCUGUUCAUGCUAUUAUUUGUCAUUUCAUUGAGAUCCUCUCUACAGUGACGGCUCAGGAGCCCAAUACAAUUGUUAGUGUUAAUAGCUCAAUAGUGCAGCAGUUGAGUCAUAACUCCAAGAUAUGGAAGCUUCCAAUAUCCUGUGUUAAUUUUCAUGACUUAGGUCCAAAAACUCCAGUGAAAAAUAACCAUGAUGGUACAACAUAUCCUACCUCUGUUGAACAAUUGUUUGUCUAUGGUGCUUCCCAAGAUAAAGACACUUCUCAAAAUGAGCUGAUUCAAUAUACCUCAAAAAGGCGAGAUGGUCACCUUUCAGUUGCUGAUCAUGUAAAGGCGACUGUCAACGAUGUUGUUGUGGCUGAUCCUGUUAAGGUGACCAUCAAUGAUGUUGUUGAGGCUGAUCCUGUUAAGGCGGUUGUCAGUUAUGUUGUUGAGGCGACUGUCAAUGAUGUUACUGUCUUAAGUGACAGUGAUGAAGAGGAUGUGAAUAUUAAAAACACUCCAGCAGGACAAAAGGGUGUGGAGAAUCCUGAUGUUUCUUUUUGGAAUUGUUCGGGUGUUUAUUAUGGUGAAACAAGAGGGCCUUUUUCGAUGUCUGUACUCAAAAGCUGGAGUGAUUCCGCCCCUUCUCCCUUAGAAUUCAAGGUCUGGAAGACAGGUGAGAGUGAAAGGGAGGCAAUACCUCUCAGGGAUGCACUUAGGCUGUUUUUUCCCUGA